AACAGUGGUCACUUACUGGACCUUCUGAAAUGCCACUGAAACGCACAUAUUGUAUGAAACUCGUGCUGUGUGCUUUCUUCUGUCUCAUAUUGCUCUGGUUUCAGCUUCCUAGGUCACUUAUUGAUGGUCGAUGGAGUUCGAUCUUACCUUUCUUGUCCUCCAAAAAAACUGGGGUUGAUUUUUCAUCUUUGUUUUCAGAAGAUCUGCAAGAACCAAAAUGCCAGGACCACCAGGUCCUCAUGAUCUUAGUGACUUCCCAUCCGGGACACCGCAAAUCAAGGAAGGCAGUAAGAGAGACGUGGGCUGCGCCAGUCACAGAAGCAACCUACCCCUGGCAAGUUGUCUUUCUGAUUGGUCGUACAGUGGACAUUGAAUUGGACUGGCGUAUUCAUAAGGAGCAAGCGACUUACGGUGAUAUCCUGAUGGGCAACUACCUGGACACCUACCGAAAUCUUACGUUGAAAGUGAUGCAUGGGAUGAAGUGGGCAUCAGAAAGGUGUCAACCACAGUACAUUCUCAAAACAGAUGAUGACUGCUUUGUCAACACUGACCAUCUUCCUGCCUUUUUAGCCAAUCAUAACAUGGCCAAAACUGGUCUUUAUGUUGGCUCAGUGUUUCCCAGGGAGAAACGUAUGGUAACACGGGAUCACACCAGCAAAUGGUAUGUUUCACGACAACACUUCCAGCUGGAGUUCUACCCCCCGUACGCUAGUGGCAUUGGGUACAUUUUAUCUCUUGAUGUGACUCGAACAAUCCUGAAUGUGGCUGAGACUAUUCCACCAAUUCCAGUGGAAGAUGCCUACAUUGGGAUUUUGGCCAGGAGAGCUAAGAUAAAGCUCCUUCCAAGUUCGCGGUUCACCAAGUACAACAUAAAGUGGGGUAUCUGUAACUACCGGUACCUAAUGGUGAUUCACCAGCUGCUGCCAGGAGAUCAGGAAUUUGCCCAGAAAAAUGCACAGUGGGCAAGGACUCAUUGUGGGCAAAACACUGAGGUGACACAUUGGUAGU